UCAAACUUGAAAUAUUUUGUUGAUAUAUGUUUUUUAUUACCAGAGAGGAAAUAAAUAGUUAAAUAUUAACUCUCUGUAUAGAGUUUCAAUAUGUGGAACUAAAAGUCCAAGGAUUUCAUUGUGUUGUGUAUGCAUAAAAACGAAUACUACAUGCAAUUGCAAUGUAGUUAACAUAAAUAAAUCUCAAUUAUAAUUUAAUUACUAGAAAGCAGAUUUGACAAUUUCUUGAAUAAAAAAAAGGUAAAAGCAAUAAUGGAAAAUUGGCAAUAUACACCGCCAUCAUUCAAUCCAUUCAUUAAAACAGAAGAAAUUGAAAUCAAGUCUGAGGAAUAUGAAGAAAAACCAAAAGAGUUGAGCAAAAUAGAGAUGGAUAUAAAAUUUGAAACCUUUGGACAGGAAGAACAUAAGACGUUGAAAAAUGAGAAUAUUUCGGUGAAACUGAAAGAAAGUAAACAAGAAAGUUUGCAACACCAUCUGAAAGAAUUAUGUGAUUUCCAAGAUGUCAAAGAAACAAAAAUCCAUAUAUCAUUGUCAGGAAGCGAUUCUGAUGCUGAAAAUACUUCGAUAGCUAACUCUGUUCAAAAUACCUGGAAAUGUUCCCUGUGUGAUUUCGACUGUAAUAGUAAAGAAGUCCUUAGGAAGCAUAUAACCUCCACUCACAAAAACCCAUCAAACUUAUUUAUUUGUAGUCUCUGCGCCUAUACAACUGAAUAUUUACAUAAACUUGUAUCACACAAAACGUGGCAUAAAAACCUUGCAGAUGCGCAGUGCCAUGUGCUUGAUGUCCCUAAAACUGUAGUAGAACGGAAAAUCUGUUCCGAAAGUAAGGAAGAGAAAUGUGCCAUCUGCGGUUGUAAAUAUAAGAAUAGAAAUGAGCUCGGAGAGCAUAUUACAGCAGCGCACAAAGAUCCUUCGGACUUAAACAUGUUCAAGUGUAACAUUUGUGAUUAUCUAACAGUGUACUUUCAUGUGCUUGUUAAACACGUAUCAAACCAUAAUAGCUUCCCCGACACAGAUUGGUACCUCUGCAAUAAAUGCGACUAUAGAACACUUCAUAAAUACUAUUUCAAGCAACACGUAUUUAGACACACCAGUGAUUCUAAAAUGGAUAUGAUCAAAUGCGGUGAGUGUCCAUUUCAAUCGAUUUCCCACACUGUUCUUCGUAGGCAUAUGUUGAAACAUAAAAGUCAGUGGUACGGGUGUGAAAUCUGCGAUUAUAAGACGAUACACAGAAGUCACUUGAGGUGGCACAUGUUAAAACACAAGAGGUUGUCAGAAGUGGAAGUGUACGAGUGCAGUUUGUGUGAAUUCCAUACAAAAUGGAGGACUAGCCUUAUGGGCCAUAUGUUGAGACAUGCUAAAGGUGCUUCAUGUAAACGCUCGUUACGUUACUGUAGAAACCAAUGCUAGGACAUGCAAUAUUCUUGAGUGUGUGAAGAAAGGUGUUUCGAUCAAAGAUGUCAUAAAUUCAGGGGCUGAUAGAAUAUUCAGUAGACGACAAUUUUCUAAAUUUUCAGAGAAUGUUUUUUAAUUUAUGCUGCAAAAGUCCCCAUAAACUAACCUGGACGUUUUCAUUAAAAUCGUAAAAAGUUUUUCUGACAACAUUAAAAAACUAUUUUUUAUGAAAAUUUCUACACCCUGUAUCUCGAAAGCUUAUUAUAUAAUCCCAGACAAGUUUGUAGGAACUUCUUUUCUUAUUUUUUAUGGAAUCACCAUCUAAAUUUUAUCGCAACAUUAAUUAAUAUACGUAUAACUAGUACUAAUCGAAAGUAAGUCCCGAAGGGACAACUUCCUGAAGUUGUGACAUAGACACAGAGAAUACCUUACCUUGUGCAUUCAACUCAAAAUAAUAUUUUUUUAGCCCCUUUGUGAUCCCAAAAUGUUUUUCAUAAUGAGUGAAAAAAUACAAUUGUCUGUUAAAGUUGAUCAAGUUCAAUCUUUGAAUCUUCUAUCAAGUCAAGAUAAAUAUUGGACAAAGUUUUUAUUCAGUAAAAGCAAAAUUAUUAUUUACAGAACAACUUCUCAAGAAACUUUUUAAAUUUGAUAGGAUAGGGUUUUGUGAUUAUGGGAAUAAAAUGUGAAAACCUAACUUAACAAUAGUAAAUUUAAACUAAUUUCUAAGAAACUUACCUGUGCUAAACUUUAAUGCAAUAUAUUGUACUUUGAUUUUGUGAAAGGUAUAACCAACAUUUAUUUUAAAAAAUUAUUAGUUUAUAGGAAAUAAUCGGCUUAUUCUUCGCAUCUUUUUUCAAAACACCUUUUAUAAAUACUUUCUACCUGAUUAUAAAAAGGUGCGUUAAAAAGAAUAAAACUCUCGAAUAGUAAGGAGUACAUAUAUAUCAGACUAUUUGUUGCGUGAAUGUCCCGAGCAAGUGUUUACCAUAGAUAUAGGAGUAAUGUUUGGUGGUGAAAUUUCCUACUUUGCGCAUUUUGAUCGGCAAGUGUGCUGUGAAAAAUUCCACAAACCACGAUUCCAUUGUUUAUUUGAUUUUGAAAAACAAAAUAAAAAAAUUGUAAAUACAUGUUUAUA